AUGUCAGACGAGAAGCUGGUUAGAAAAAUCCUCAGAUCUUUGCCCAAGAGAUUUGACAUGAAAGUCACAGCCAUUGAGGAAGACCAAGACAUUAGCAACAUGAAGGUGGAUGAACUAAUUGGGUCACUUCAAACCAUUGAAUUAGCUAUCAAUGAUAGAUGUGAAAAGAAGAAGAAAAACAUAGUCUUCGUUUCCAACACUAAUGAGGAAGAUGUUCAAUGUGAUAUGGAGACUGAUGAAAGUAUUUUAGAUGCAUUUGUGCGUCUUGGUAGAGAAUUCAACAAUGUGUUGGAGAUGAUUGACAAAAAGCCGAGGUCAAAUAGAUCGGCGAUCACCCAGAAUAAUAUAUAUACGGCACAAUGCAAACUUUGCUUGAAAUUUAGAGUAAUUGAUACACAGAAGGAGUUUGAGGAGAUCACUCAUAAAAUCAAACAAGAGCCUUUUGAUUGUAGCAAAAAGACUAAUCUUAGUUGUGAUGAUCCUGCUGAUAUCGAAUAUGAUUCUUCUCAGACAUGGGUCAAAUACAAGCCUAACUAUCCAAAGACACCAGAAAGUUUCAAGAGAACCUUGCGGCUUAGAAAUGAUAACUCUAAAUUGGACUCUUACUACAUCACACCUACAGGUGAAAAACUGAGAUCCCGCAAAGAGAUAGCAGCAUAUCUUGAAGAUCAUCCACAACCAAGUGGUGUAUCUGCUUCGGACUUUGAUUUUUCAUCCCCAAAGGUUAUGAAAGAGACCAUCCCUGAAUUUAUUGAGAAACAAAAGGAUUCUAUAAACAAAAAUGCUAAGAUAGCUAAAGAUGAAGUUUGAGAAAUGUCAUCAUAAGGUUUCUGCAUGAUGAUGUUGUUGUUGUAAUAUAUUAUUUCUAGAUAUUAUGUUUGGGAACGCCAAUUCAGUGGUAUAUUGAAACAAAUUUAACUUUUGUUCUGGUGGUUUAUUGUAAUUGUAACCUAAAUAGAUAUUUGCAGGCUCUUUAUGUUGUAACCUAAAUACAUG